GGUUGUCGUGUUCGAUUGGUGCCAGAGCGCAGCCUUAUAUUUUGCCAAGUCAUCAAUGGAGGUGUUCGUGUGUACGUGAAAACGCUGUGCUUUAAAUUUUGCUAAUUCAAACGCACGCCAGUAACGUCAGUAGAAAUUUAAAAGUAGUGAUAAGAAUAUAUUCCGUGCAGAAACGAUGGCUUCAACUUGCGACAGAAAGCCCGGAAAGGUGUCCAGAGCAAGCAAACACCUUUUGUUAAAAUACUGCAAGGAGUUGGAGCAAGAACGCGUCGCUCAAAUGGUAGCUGAGCCAGUGGCAUCGAGAAGUCGUGCCAGUGACGUUGCGCCAGAAUUAAUCCUCGCGGCAGCUACGGAACAUUCCGAACCGAUGGACACCUGUGCACCGGUUUUGGAAGAUUUCGAAGACUGCAGCGAAGAGGAAGAACGACCGACAAAAUACGACGGAAGAACGACCUUUGGCUGCGCUCUGGCACCAAUCGAACACGACAUCCGACUCGAACAACCCCAUAUAAUCAAAUGGGGGUGCACUCUCAGACACAAACAAACAAACAAGACAAACAUGUCAAAUCCCAUACAUUUUUCAUGUUCGAUGUCGUGUUCGAUUGGUGCUAGAGCGCCGGGUUUUUGAUGAAUCGUUAGCGGAUGUGUCGUAGGAGGAUGGUCUGCGACUGUGGGCCCUCGAUACAGGGCAAACCCACGAGGCGAUGAAUCGGCUGUUGCGCCACCUUAAAAAAGCCGGAGUUUGAGUCGUUGCCGAACGAUGCGCGCACUUUCCUGAAGCCACUGGAAGAUGCAGUUAUAUAAACAACGAUAACGCAGAUUGAUGGUGGAGAGUUCUGGUACCAGGGUGUAGGAACUUGUUUGAAAAAUUAUUUCCGAAACUUGCCUCCUAUUGACGAUGGAUUUGUUAUCGAUUUUUGCUUCGAUGGCUUACCGCUGUACCUGAACGACAGUAAACAGCUCUGGCCAAUACUUAUGAAAGUAUUCAACAUAUCGAAUAUGCCCGUGAUGCCGGUUGCAUUAUUUUUCGGAUUAUCAAAACCUGCAUCAGUCGACCAGUAUCUCGAAGAUUUCGUUGAAGAAAUGAACGAGCUACAAAAGAACGGUUUGAUGAUGCAUGGUCGGCUCCUACUCGGUGAAAAUUCGAUGCAUCAUUGCCGAUACACCGGCUCGUGCUUAUAUAAAGGGUGUUAAAUCGCACAACUCUGUAAGCGGGUGCUUAAAGUGCACAAUUACAACCAAUAAGAGUGAUCAUUCUUCACACAGGUUCUAUCCGUAUGCGGCGUUUUCCCAGCCAAGAGACCAUAAUUCUUUUUGCAACGAACAAUAUCCGCUGCAUCAAAAGUUUUUAAUGGCACUAUCCCGUCUGUAUGGAUUAAAUAUGAUUUUAGAUAUUAUAGUGUCGGAUCGCCUGCACCUCAUAGAUGAAGGCGUUUUGGGUAGAUUAAUAUUUCUUUGGACCAGCGUAUUCCCCAGGCAGAAGUUUAGGUUGUCCAAAUUGCAGCUGAAAAUUGUGUCGGAACAUCUGCUCCAAAUCCAUCUGCCUUCUGAUUUCAGACGGCAGUUACGAAGCCUGAAUCUGAUUCAAGAUAGGAAGGGCAUUAAACUGAAAUCAUUUCUGCAGUUUGUGGGAUUCGUUGUUCUCAAAGACAAUUUGAGCGACGCUGUAUACCAGCACUUCAUGUUGCUGUUUGUUGCGACAACAUUUUUAUCCACUGCAUAUCAUAAAGACCGUUGGAUAGAUGCAGAUAUAUUGCUGCACCAGUUUGUGGCAGAAUACAGUAGUCUUUAUGGCCCAGAAUUCGUAAACAGCAACGUACACAAACUGUUGCAUGUUUACGAGGAGGUGUUUAGAUUCGGUGAACUGGGCACUAUGUCUUCCGAAGAGUGCGAAGAAUAUCUCCGCAAUUUUAGGCAAACGGUGUUGCAUAGCAAACGACACAGUUUGGCGCAGGCGGUGCAGCGUUUUGCCGAGCUGCAACGUAUCAAUAUUUCAAAAAGAAUGCAUUUAUCUUCGACCUCAGGAUCGGCCAGUAAAUCAGUCGGUAGAUAUACCGAAUGCACCAUGAGUCCCGGGUUGUUUCUUAGAGACAAUUUCCGGGACCGAUGGUGUAUGUUGCACGACGGAACUGUUCUGAGGUGCGAGUCAGCCUCCAUAGAAGGGUGUGAACUGAUGAUUCACGGGCAUCGGUUUACACAGCAGUAUCCCUUUUUUGUGAAGCCGUAUUCGUCCUACGAGCUAAAACAUACACGCUGCAAAUCUGAUUCACAUGAAUACAAAUGAAAUGAGUUAUGUUCCCAGCACCAGUAUAAUGUGCAAGGUUGCUGCUGUCGGAACCAAUAUUCAGGGAGAAUAUGUGUUUGCGCCUUUACCUCAUACCGGCGAAAAAAUAAAACAUGCUGUUAACAAUA